AUGGCGAGCUACUUAGCUUCCAAAAUGGGAUUUAACUCUCUGGUGAGAAAGCAAAACAGGAGCUUCAACGUGAGGAUCUGCACUAUGGAAUCGGAUAUGGAGUUCAGCUGCGAGAUGAAGUGGAAAGGGAAGGAGCUUUUGGAGUUGGUCUGCAGAACUCUAGGGCUGAGGGAGACCUGGUUCUUUGGCCUCAGGUACGACGUCAAGGACACGGUUGCCUGGCUCAAAAUGGACAAGAAGGUAAUAGAUCAGGAGGUUCCCAAAGAGGAGCCCAUCACCCUCCACUUCCUGGCCAAGUUCUACCCGGAGAACGUCGAAGAGGAGCUGGUGCAGGACAUCACGCGGCACCUCUUCUUCCUGCAGGUGAAGAAGAAGAUCCUGGAAGAGGAGAUCCACUGUCCUCCAGAAGCAUCGGUAUUGUUGGCCUCCUACGCCGUACAUGCCAAGUAUGGUGACUACAACCCAAACGUUCACAAGCCCGGCUUUUUGGCUGAGGAGGAGUUACUGCCUAAAAGGGUGAUCAACUUGUACCAGAUGACGGCAGAAAUGUGGGAGGAGAGGAUCGCGGCGUGUUAUGCCGAGCACAGGGGUCGGACAAGGGAGGAAGCAGAGAUGGAGUAUUUGAAGAUCGCUCAGGACCUAGACAUGUACGGUGUCAAUUACUUCUUAAUCCGGAAUAAAAAGGGAACAGAUCUGCUUCUGGGUGUGGACGCCCUGGGCCUGCACAUCUACGAACCGGACAACAGGCUGACGCCAAAGUGCUCGUUCCCCUGGAAUGAGAUCCGCAACAUCUCGUACAGUGACAAAGAGUUCACCAUCAAACCUCUUGACAAGAAAACCAAUGUCUUCAAGUUCAACUCUUCGCGACUGAGAGUCAACAAAUUGAUCCUCCAGCUUUGCAUUGGCAGCCAUGACUUGUUCAUGCGCAGACGCCGUGUGGACUCCCUGGAGGUGCAGCAAAUGAAGGCCCAGGCCAGGGAGGAGAGAGCCAGGAAGCAGAUGGAGAGGCAGCGGUUGAACCAGGAGAAGCAGCGCCGGGAAGAAGCGGAACGUGUCCGAGACGAGCUGGAGAGACGACUCAUUCAGCUUCAGGAUGAAGCUCACAUGGCCAACGAAGCCUUGUUGCGUUCGGAGCAGACGGCGGACCUUCUGGCCGAGAAGGCCCAGAUCGCUGAGGAGGAGGCCAAGCUGCUGGCCCAGAAGGCGGCCGAGGCGGAGACGGAAAUGAAGCGCAUCAAGGUUACGGCCAUGCGGGGCCACGAGGAGAGGAGGCUCAUGGAGCACAAGAUGGUGGAGGCCGAGAGGAUGGCUCUCAAGAUGGCAGAUGAGUCAGAACGCAGCGCCAAGGAGGCGGAACAGCUGAAGCGCGACCUGCUGGAAGCAAGGCAGUCAGAGCAAAGGGCCAAGCACAAGCUCCUUGAGAUCACCAGCAGAGUAUACACGUACCCCGCACAGCCGGUGGACUGCAUGCCUCCCGAGCUGAGCUUCAGCAGAGAGAACCUGAGCUUUGACUUUAAAGACACCGACAUGAAGCGACUCUCCAUGGAGAUUGAGAAGGAAAAGGUAGAGUACAUGGAGAAGAGCAAGCACCUCCAGGAGCAGCUGAAUGAGCUGAAGACUGAGAUUGAAAGCCUGAAGCUAAAGGAGCGCCAGACCCCACUGGAUGUGGUCUAUGACCAAAACUCAGAGCAGGGAGCAAGCAAGCACAGCAACUUCAAGAAGUUGACGCUACAAAGCACCAAGUCCAGAGUGGCCUUCUUUGAGGAACUCUAA